AUGUUCCAUCGUCAACGCAUCGCAUCCCUCCUCAAACGACAGGAGCAACAACGCCGUGCUCAACACUCCUUGUCGCUCGUAUCGAUGUCAGCAAACACAACCACCGUCUCUCCUCUCUCCGCAUCAGAAACGUUUCUCACCAUCCCAGAACUCGUUCUUACCGUCUUCAAUUUCCUCUACACCAAGGAUUUGGCGCAAGCAUGUUUGGUCUGCAGCCUGUGGUCUGCCCUCGCUCAACCAAUCCUCUGGCGCCAUGGCAUCCGUCUAGAAAGCCAUUCUCAGAUCCAAGCAUUUGCAGCCUCUAUCGCCAUCUGCGGUGCUUGGGUCCAGUCACUUGACUUUAACGCCAAGAGUGAUGGCGAGGAAGGCAUCCCCCUCUCAUAUAUCGACCUGAGCAAUAUUCUCCGACACACCCCCCAGCUCCGAAGGAUCGACGUGCGCGACCGCACAAUGGACGAACACCCGCUGAUGGCCCUCGCACCUUGCUCGCAACUAGAGUCGAUUGCCUUCACCCAGUACCAAGACCGUGUCCUAGACCUUGGAGCUGAUGGUAAUAGAGACAUCUUUUCGGCCUGGCCGCAGCUUAAGCACCUGAGCAUUUUGGGAACAGACUGGGAGCGACCAUCAGCAGCAGCCGCUUCAUUGGAGAGGGCAUUGGUGGUCACAAAGUCGUUUCAUCUUGAGACAAUAAACCUCGCCUUUCUUCUCUCCUGGUCUCCAUUGACUGUCCACCAUCUGGUCAGGACCAAUGCCGACCACCUCCGUCAUCUCAAUCUCGCCACCUGUCACUUCAUCCCUCAAGAAUUCUUUGAAGAGAUCCUCGCUGGAGCAACACAGUUAGAAUCUUUUGGGUUACGCGAGUGCUUUUAUACCUCAGAGAGGCUUCUCUGGAUUGCCCAAACCCACCCUCGACUCAAACGCCUCUCCUUGACCGACGGGGUCGGAUUCCCUACCGACGUCGUAAAUCAAGUUGCACGCGCCUGUCCUUUACUCGAAUCAUUGGAGCUCGAUAGCUGUGAUGAUACGGUCAUUGCGGCUCGACAGUUUCUGGCACAUUGCCCUCAUCUGCGCACGCUCAUCCUGUUCCUUUUGGAAGGCCCCAAUGUGAUGGACUUGUUUCUAGGGGAACCCUGGGUAUGUAAGGGACUAAACGAAUUCCGAGUCGAGAGGAUCGAGUAUCGACCGUACGCGUUCAUGAGCACCGAAGCCAGGGACGGGGCGAUCAAGGCGAUGUGGCGACAGCUGGCGGCUCAAACCCACAUGCAGUCGUUGCUCUUGCAGUUUACCUUGCCAGAGUCUGGUGCUAAGGUCCUUUACCCCGAUGGCAACAAUGCGAACAAAUCCCAGCAUAUAAAGGAUAGGAUUCAGCAUGACGAUGGACUCUAUCAGUUGGGAACCCUGAAGCGAUUGAAGAGCUUGGGCGUGAUUGGAUAUAGCAUGCCCGUCCCUCCUACCCACAAGGCUGACGAGACUAAAGGCCAGAUCAGCUCGGGCACCGCCAUGCUCUCGACCGCCGCCAAGCCUCUCCAGAGCUUCAAGCCCCUCGCCAACAUCUGUGAGGCCUUCUGCGGUCUCCACCUCUAUCCGAACGACAAGAAGCGCCAGGUGAUUUCGUACCAUUACUGCUCGAUGCUGGAUGCGGAUCGUCGCCAGUGCCUCGUCUACGAUUCGAACAGCAAGGAUGCCAAGCUCAUCGCCGUCGAGUACAUCAUCUCCCAGAAACUCUUUGAGUCAUUGGACGAGAACGAGAAGAAGUUCUGGCACUCACACAAGUACGAAUGCGAAUCCGGCCUACUGGUCCAAAUCGCAAAGGCCGGCGUCCCCGAGAUGGUCGUCGGAACCGCCGAGAUCCCCUCCCUCCAGCACCUUUGCAAUACCUAUGGCAAGACCCACCAGCUCUGGCCCGUCGAUGAUGAAGGCAAUUGCUCUUCCAAAGUUCCUUACGGCCCGCCUCAGAUCUUGGCUUCCUUCACGGCUGAUGGACAGGUGCUCCCAGAGUUGUUAGAGAAGCGAGAUAAGGCGAUGGGGAUCUCGACAGAGACUAAGCGCAAGGAGCGGGAGGGCCGUGUUCAGGGGAAUGCCCCGGUUGAGGGAGCCGAUCAGUGGUUUACCAAGGGGUUGGCUUGGCAGAUCUAUGAUCAGGGCGAGCGUGGCGUCGUCGAGGCCCGCCAGUAA